CCCUGACAUCCUGUGUCUGUCAUCCACCUGCCGGACUAGAAUAUUCUGUGGACCACGACUCUAUCCUCAGCGCCCAACGCACCCCUGUGCUCCUGUGAGCUGGCAUGCAGGAUGGCAGGACAGCCCAGCCCCAUGCCCCAUGGAGGGAACCCAAACAACCUCUGCCACAGCCCGGGACCUGCACACACCCCCAACCCACAGAGGCAUCCUGCCACCCCGUCUUUUCGCUGCUCUCUGGCUGACUUCCAGAUCGAGAAGAAGAUCGGCCGUGGGCAGUUCAGCGAGGUGUACAAGGCCACCUGCUUGCUGGACAGGAAGACCGUGGCGCUGAAGAAAGUGCAGAUAUUUGAGAUGAUGGACGCUAAGGCGAGGCAGGACUGCGUCAAAGAGAUUGGCCUCCUGAAGCAACUGAACCAUCCAAACAUCAUCAAGUAUCUGGACUCAUUCAUCGAGGACAACGAGCUGAAUAUCGUGCUGGAGCUGGCCGAUGCCGGUGACCUCUCGCAGAUGAUCAAGUUCUUUAAGAAGCAGAAGCGGCUCAUCCCCGAGCGGACAGUGUGGAAGUACUUCGUGCAGCUGUGCAGCGCCGUGGAGCACAUGCACUCGCGCCGUGUCAUGCACCGAGACAUCAAGCCAGCCAAUGUGUUCAUCACUGCCACAGGUGUGGUGAAGCUUGGUGACCUGGGCCUGGGCCGCUUCUUCAGCUCCGAGACCACCGCAGCCCAUUCCCUAGUUGGAACCCCAUACUACAUGUCACCAGAGAGGAUCCAUGAAAAUGGCUACAACUUCAAGUCAGACAUCUGGUCUCUGGGCUGCUUGCUGUAUGAGAUGGCAGCCCUCCAAAGCCCGUUCUACGGAGAUAAAAUGAAUCUUUUCUCCCUCUGCCAGAAGAUCGAACAAUGUGACUACCCCCCUCUCCCUGGAGAACAUUACUCUGAAAAGUUACGAGAACUGGUCAGCAUGUGCAUCUACCCUGACCCCACCCAGAGACCUGACAUCGGGUAUGUGCACCAGGUGGCCAAACAGAUGCACGUCUGGAUGUCCAGCACCUGAACACAGCUGCUCCGUGCCCUGGGACAAGCCAGUACCACUUUGCCCGACUCUUCCUAGCUCCGAAGUGGCUGCCUGGUAGCCUAGAACUAAGACAAAGGGGGUCUUCCGAGGGGACCGGGCUUGACAGCAGCAAUGCUGCAGACCACCUCUGGGGAGGGCGCAGCCCUCGUGUCAUUGACGGUCAGACCUGGAAAGUUCUGUAUCGGCUGUGGACAAUCUAGGCUGGGCGGCUGGGCAGGCCCUGAAGUGCCUCUGUCUGGGUCAUAAUGUGAAUCCUUUGGCAGAUCCCUUCCAUGACUCCUCAGCCUUUCUCCAGUGAGAAUCGCAGUUGUCUGCCAUGUUUAGUGAGCCUUUGACUAUGGUUAGUACCAAGUUCAGUUUAGUUCUUAGUUAUUUUUUCCAACAGCCAAUCUGUGCCUGCUUAGUGUUGCCUAUUAUAAAGGGAUAAAGUGGAAAGUUGGGGGUUUCUUCCCCCUGGAGUGGAGAUUUUGCUAAUGCUCUAAUCUACACUCUAACUUGAUGAACACCGUGAGAAUCCAGCACCCGGCACAGCUUCCGGGUAAACGCUAUGGGAAAGCCCCUUUUUCCUUGCAGGCCCGUUCGCCACCUCCUCCAGAGCAAUAGCUACACUUGGCCCUCUGCCUUCGUGCGAGACUUCCUCUCCAGGGCAGUGUUAGGCCUCAGAAGCACUGGGUAGCAGUACAAGUGCUAUCUAAGGUCGGUCCUCUCUACAAAUUCUGGUUCAGUAACUUCCUGGUGUGGACUGAAGACGGCUUCCCUAACCUUUCUGGGCCUUUACUUCCUUAUCCAUAAAAUGGGACUAACACUUCCCCACCCUCCAGGGUUGCUGACAGAAUUUGAAGUAAAACCUGCAAGUUACCUAGCACAUCAUAGAUGCUCGAUCAGCAGUAGCCGCUCGCUCCCCUUCCCAAAGCUGACGCCCACAGAUUGUGAAAGUCAAGAACCCUUGUAUGGCUGCGCUGUUGCAGGAGGCCAGCUGCCUGCUCACUGGUUUCUGCUCCCAAACAGGAGUAACUGUGAAGCUUAAUUUAUAAAUGUGAAUUCACUCUCUGAAGGAAAUCGUUCGCAUUGUGUCUCUACACUCAAAUCAAUACUCCCACGGUCUACAGGGACGUCCACUGACCUGAUGACAGUUCAGCCCUCUAGACUUGGGCACAACCACCCCACCCCAUUGUUGUGGGGUGUUUCUGACCCACUGGCUGACCCUGGGAGCUCACUGACCAGGCCUCCAUGGGAAUAAAGGACUUGGAACAAGGGCACCACUGUCUCCAGGUGCCGUGGAUUGGGUUCUGCUGUGAACACUAGGUUCUGAGAGCUGUUCUUCAGAUGCAACCUUGGCUUUGUACUGGUUCUCCGUGUUUGCAAUAAAAGGGGGAAAGGGGUGA